GGUUUUGUUUUUUAGCGUUUGGCUUUGCUUUUGCUUUUGCUUUUUUAGAUAUCCUUUGUGAAAAGCUGCGUUAUUUUUUUCUUAAUAUUGUCCAGAACCAGCGAAACUUAGAGAGAAAGAAAACUCAAUUUUCUCAAAGGGAAAAGCAAAAGCAAAUCAAAGCCUCUAUCUUUUGAACCCUACCUCUUAUCAUUUUCUCGUAUCCGGAAUUUUUUUUCUCCUUCUGCUGUUUCUUUUUGUUGUGGGUAAUUAUGGCUGAUGUUUUGAGCAAUACCAAUCUGGUUUCUUCUUCCUUCUCUUCAUCUUUUACUGGUCACCGAAACGAGCAGAAAAAUAGCUCUUGCAGGCUAAAAGGGUUCCCCCGAAAAGUGAAUCGUCAGACUUUGAGAUUGAAAGCGACAUCGCUUGGCAGUGAUUUUCAUGGAAAGAGGGUUGUUCUUCAAGACAAUCAAGGCAAACCCAAGAGAGGGAUUUAUCUUCAAAUGUCAAUUAAGGCUCAGCAUACUGGCCUUAGACUCAAGAGUGCUCCAAAAUGGUGGGAAAAAGGAUUGCAACCCAACAUGAGGGAGGUGACCUCUGCUCAAGACUUUGUGGACUCCCUCUUGAACGCUGGAGAUAAACUUGUCAUUGUUGAUUUCUUCUCCCCUGGUUGUGGUGGCUGCAAGGCUCUCCAUCCCAAGAUAUGUCAGUUUGCAGAGAUGAACCCAGAUGUGCUGUUCCUUCAUGUGAAUUAUGAGGAACAUAAAUCCAUGUGUUAUAGCCUCAAUAUCCAUGUGCUUCCCUUCUUCAGGUUUUAUCGAGGGGCGCAAGGCCGGUUAUGCAGCUUUAGCUGCACUAAUGCUACGAUAAAAAAAUUCAGAGAUGCACUGGCCAAGCACUCUCCAGACCGGUGCAGUCUCGGGCCAACAAAAGGGCUGGAGGAGAAAGAGCUUAUUGCAUUGGCUUCCAACAAAGAUCUCAACUUCAAAUAUGCACAGAAACCAGAUCUGCCAACGCCAAUUCCUGCCAAGGAAGAGAGAGUGCCAGUAGUAUCCCCAUCUCAUCCAAAUCCAGCUCUACCUCUACCUCUUCCUCUUCCCACAGCAAGUCCAAAAUCUGGACAAGGCUCAGAGGAGAAAACGUUGGUCGGAUCAGGGAGAUGAACGGUCAGCAUUCACCGACUCUUCUCUCUACCCUCCUUGUACAGUUCUUGUUUGUGUUAUAUAAUAUCCAUGUUUACAAAGUAAUCAAACUAGUAGAGGUAAAGUCUAUAUGUGUGUUGUUACUAAAUUGCAGGCACAUGGGUAUUUUUUUGGGAUCCUAACCUGCUUGUAUGAUGGGUGUGUAUAUACUGUAAAAAACCUUAAAAUCUUUAUUGUAUUCUUGCUCUUUCUACUUUUUUUUUUUUUUUUUACCCCAUUUGGUAAAACAACAUGGGUAUUUUGUACCGGAUCUGUAGAAAUAAUAUAUUGUUUAUAAUAAUAAUAUUAUUACUAUUAUUAUUA